AUGUCAGACUUCUCAGCCUGGCUCGAAAAGAACAAAGCGCUCUGGACACGCGUCUACGAUGAGGUCAUUGGACCAGACCUUGAAGAGGAGUGGAAAAAGAGGGACGAAGCUCACGAGAAAGAGCUAAAAGACAGUAAGUAUACCCCGUUCCUGUCCCGUACUGAGCCUAACGCGCAGAAAGAGGAUGUCAAGCGGCAAGCGUUAUCAAAUCAUCUUGAAGAUCAAGUUGUGGAAAACUCACGUCUGAGAUCCGAGAACGAAGAGCUCAAAAAGAAGCUGGAGGACUUGUCCAGUAAUGCCCUGUCGAAGAUCAAUUCGGAUCAGGCAGCGACCGGCGCUUCCACGGCAUCCGAUAUGGAUCUUGCUGACAAGUUCAACGACCUCACCAAGAAGUACCAGGACCUUUCGCAAAAGAUCAGGUACCUGGAGAGGAAGAACUCGACUGUGAUGCAGAAGAACAAGGAUAUGAAGGAGAGUGCACCGAACCCGAGCUCGAGUCAGACCACCGAGGAUGAAAGCGCCGAGCAAAUUUCCAGGCAGACGCAAUUCACGGCUGGCGAUGAGGAUGACAUGCCGGAAUUUGUAUCAGCACGACCUCUAAAAAGGAAGCGCGGUCAGCCGUCCAAGCUACUACCAGUGCUGCUCGUCAUCAAAGGUCAAGCAGUGCGCCUUUCUCUCAACCCAUCAAACGAGAAGAUGAACAUUUGGAACACGCAAGCAUCAUCCGGCGAAGAGCCACCUCCAGCGGACGAGAACACAAGCAGACUCGCACCCCUGUUAGCACGAGCGAAGCUCAAUCGUAAGCUGCAUGACUCGACUAAUCUUGAUGGCAUGGGUUCGGCUCAGCUAUCCACCCAUAUGCCUGUCAAGAUCAAGGUGGAGCAAAACCCGACGCCUCCGCGAAGUUCUGCUGGUGCGACACCUGCAUCGCUACCCAAGAAACGGGACUUCAAACCCAAUCCCGCAUACAACCAAGGUUAUACCUACGCCUUCUCUGAGACCGUACGCAAACGCGGUGACCGCGCAUGUCUGCCUGGUUGUACCAAUCCAGACUGCUGCGGCUCCACAUUCCGCACCUUCGCUGAAGUUCAGGCUCCGCUCCCAGCCUCACAAGAGGAUGCGCUGCUCGAGGACUAUCUAGGUGAAGCCUACGACAACAUGAACUUGACACAGAUGUCGGCCGAGGAGCGACAGGAGCUUGUGCUCCAGGCACGCACGAAGAAAAUGGCCAAGGAAGCUGGCAAGCACCGUGAGGCUUACGAGCGACGUCGAACACCUCCAGGAUUUUGGCGGAUGGACUUCCCAACCACGCAGGAACAGCAAGAAGAUAGGGACAAAUCGAAAGAGCAAGAGAAAAGAGUUGUGCACGAGAGAUGGUUAGAGGCUCAGCGGAAGGGAGGGAAGUGGUUGUAUCGAGAUGAAUGA